AUGGCGUCGACUUUCUUGAAACGCCUUGUGCGUGGCUAUCAAGUGUUAUGCUUGAUACAAUGCGCCCAGUCAAUCCAACUCCCACGCAGCUACGACACGGUAUGGACAACGCAGAGCGCCGAUGCCUCGGGCUCGAUGCCGGUCGGUGGAGGGGAUGUUGGACUGAACUUGUGGGUUGAGUCGGGCGAGGUUCUCUUCUACAUCGCAAAAAGCGGUGCGUUUGACGAGAACAAUUCUCUGCUGAAGCUGGGUCGCGUGCGGCUGUCGUUUACCCCGAACCCGUUUUCGGCAAACGCGUCUGUGUUUGAACAGCGCCUCAACAUCAAUGACGGUUAUGCGACCAUCAGGGGCGACGAUUCCACCGAGAUUAAGAUCUGGGUCGACAUGGACACCUCCGCCAUCCACACAGAGGUCACAAGCGCAGUGCCCCUCAACCUGACUGCUGGGUUUGAGACAUGGCGUACGGAGGGCCAUCAAAUGGUCGUUGAUGAACAACAGCAAACGUCCUGGGGAGUGAACAGCGUCCCGGAACUUCCGCUUCCCUAUCAACGCCCAGACAACAUCAGCUAUACGUCCGGAGGUGUACUCAAUUACCACCAUAACGGAGAGACACCUCUAUUUGACUUCCAGGUUGUCCAGCAGAAUCUGACGUCAAUUGGACCCGAGUCUCUGUUCAAUCCAAUGAGAAACAAUACGUUUGGUACCUUUAUGGUGUCCCCCCAACUUCAACCUGACUCAAUCACUACCGGAAAAUACAUAAACACCAGCUACACGUCCUACAACCUGGCGUCGACUUCAGCUUCUAGAUCAUUCCAGCUUUACAUCGCUACAGGACAGGAGCAGACAACAAAUGUAGAGGAUUGGGCUUCGGAGUUGAUCAACAGCGCUUCGCAAAUUCCAACAGCCAGCCAGACCGACACAAUCGAAUGGUGGCACUCGUUUUGGGACCGGUCUUACAUCAUCAUCAACCCAGAUGCCCCGGCGACGGACUCGGGUUUCCAGGUCGGGAAGAACUAUCAGUACUUUCGGUAUAUGAUGGCAUGCAACGCCAAGGGCAAAUACCCGACUAGAUUCAACGGCGGGCUGUUCACGUUUGAUCCCAUCCUUGUACGCGGCCGGGAGAGCUUCACGCCUGACUACAGAAAAUGGUCUGGCGGUACGUUCACGGCCCAGAACCAGAGGCUUCUAUACUGGCCGCUUCUCAAAACCGGAGAUUUCGACAUCAUGGCUCAACAAUUCAAUUUCUACAGCAAUAUCUCGCCGACCAGCCGCAAGCUGGGGCAGCUGUACUUCGGCCUGGACGUCGGGUUCACGUCAGAGCAGAUUGACAACACGGGGUUGCCCAAUGUGUACGAGUACGAUGCUAACGCGUACGACGGCAACACGCGGACCUCCCUCUAUCCGCCAGGCGUCCUCUUCAAUGACUGGCUAAGCUGGCUCAGCGAUGCGGCAAACGAGUUCGCCGACAUGGUGCUGCAGGCGAACAUGUAUGGCGGUAUCGACGUGGCCCCCUGGAUCUCCUUCAUCGAGUAUCAGCUCGCGUGGUUCGACGAGUACUACCAGAAGCGGAACGGGCUGGAAGAGAACGGCACAUUGAUCAUCUACCCCGCUUCAGGGGCCGAGACUUACAAGCUGGCCCUGAAUCCCGCGUCGACCGUGUCGGGACUGCGCAAAACGAUUCGCGAUCUCUUGCAGAUCAACCCCAGCCUCGUCAAAGGAAACGCCUCGUACUACGAGAGUUACUUUGCCCGAGUCCCGGAAACACCGCUUCAUUCGUGUCCCGGUUCACCAGACCUCGUGUGUGUUGCGCCGGCUACGAACUACUCCUUCACGGAGAACAACGAGCCCACGGCGAUGUACGUGGUAUUUCCAUGGGGAGAAUACGGCCUUGGGCAGCCUACCAACUUGAGCUACGCCAUGCAUGCGUACUUCAACGACAGCCAGUCCGCAAGCUACAAUGGCACAUACGGCUGGAGGCAGGACCAGAUCUGGUUCGCUCGCAUGGGACUGACGGAACGCGCCGCCAGCAACACCAUCGACAGGUUCUCGGACAGCACCAAGUACCGGUUCCCGACCUUCAAGGGGCCAAACUACGACUGGUCCCCGGACAUGAACCACUACGGCAGCGCGUCGAUUGGGCUUCAAGAGAUGCUCAUGCAGACGUUCGCCAAGAACAACACACAGAUCCGUCUUCUGCCUGCCUGGCCGUCGGAAUGGACGGGGUACUUCAAGCUUCUAGCUCCGUUCCAGACGACGGUGGAGGCCAACAUCACGGGUCCCGCCUUGAGCGAUUUGAAAGUCACUCCUGCGUCGAGAGAGGCGGAUAUCGUCUAUGGGACCGCGUAA